AGCCAAUGCUCGUAAAAUGGGGACUGGCUACUGCCAUGACUGAUGAAAAACUAAACACUUUUGCCCUCGUACAAUUCUCUGUGUUUAAGUCACCCUUUCCUUUGAAUUUCUCAACAGUUUUUGAAAUGAAGAAGUUUAAUUUUCGGAAAGUUUUGGAUGGCUUAACUGCCUCCUCCCCUGGCAGUGGUAGCAGCAGUGGCAGUAACAGUGGUAGUGGGGCUGGAAGUGGUUCCGUGCAUCCAGGAGGGACUGCAGGGGUUCUCAGAGAGGAGAUUCAGGAAACCUUGACUUCAGACUAUUUCCAGAUUUGUAAGACAGUUCGGCAUGGUUUUCCUUAUCAGCCUACAGCAUUAGCCUUUGAUCCAGUUCAGAAAAUCUUGGCUAUUGGGACAAGAACAGGUGCUAUACGAAUACUUGGAAGACCUGGUGUUGAUUGUUAUUGUCAACAUGAAAGUGGUGCAGCUGUUUUGCAGCUCCAAUUUUUGAUCAAUGAGGGUGCUUUGGUCAGUGCCGGCUCAGAUGAUACACUUCAUUUGUGGAACCUUAGACAAAAAAGACCAGCUAUUCUUCAUUCUCUUAAAUUUAACCGAGAACGAAUUACUUACUGUCAUCUACCUUUCCAGAGUAAAUGGCUCUAUGUUGGAACAGAAAGAGGAAAUACACACAUUGUAAAUAUUGAAUCUUUCAUUCUUUCUGGAUAUGUUAUCAUGUGGAACAAAGCAAUUGAACUAUCCACAAAGACUCAUCCAGGUCCAGUUGUACAUUUAAGUGAUAGCCCAAGAGAUGAAGGGAAACUGCUAAUAGGUUAUGAAAAUGGUACUGUAGUAUUCUGGGACUUGAAAUCAAAAAAAGCGGAAUUGAGAGUUUAUUAUGAUGAGGCUAUUCAUUCAAUUGAUUGGCAUCACGAGGGCAAACAGUUCAUGUGCAGCCAUUCAGAUGGUAGCUUGACUUUAUGGAACCUGAAAAGCCCAAGUCGUCCUUUCCAGACUACAAUUCCACAUGGAAAAAGUCAAAGAGAAGGAAGAAAAUCUGAAUCUUGCAAACCAAUUCUUAAAGUAGAAUACAAGACCUGUAGAAACAGUGAACCAUUUAUAAUAUUUUCUGGUGGCCUGUCCUAUGACAAAGCUUGCAGAAGACCAAGUUUAACCAUCAUGCAUGGGAAGGCAAUUACAGUGCUUGAAAUGGAUCAUCCUAUUGUUGAAUUUCUAACUUUAUGUGAAACACCCUAUCCAAAUGAAUUUCAAGAACCCUAUGCCGUUGCAGUACUUCUGGAGAAAGAUCUCAUUGUAGUUGAUCUGACACAAAGCAACUUUCCAAUCUUUGAAAAUCCAUAUCCCAUGGACAUUCAUGAAUCACCAGUUACAUGUACAGCAUACUUUGCUGAUUGCCCACCAGAUUUAAUUCUAGUGCUCUACUCUAUAGGAGUCAAGCAUAAAAAACAAGGAUACAGUAAUAAGGAGUGGCCAAUCAGUGGAGGAACCUGGAACCUUGGAACACAAACAUAUCCAGAAAUUAUCAUUACUGGUCAUGCAGAUGGAUCGAUUAAGUUUUGGGAUGCUUCUGCAAUAACUCUGCAGAUGCUGUACAAGCUAAAAACUUCAAAAGUGUUUGAAAAACAGAAGGUAGGAGAAGGAAAACAGACAUGUGAAAUUGUAGAGGAAGAUCCAUAUGCCAUUCAGAUGAUUUACUGGUGUCCAGAGAGCAGAAUAUUCUGUGUAUCAGGAGUCUCUGCAUAUGUCAUAAUUUAUAAAUUCAGCAGACAUGAAAUUACAACAGAAAUAGUGUCGUUAGAGGUACGACUUCAGUAUGAUAUUGAAGAUAUUAUUACUCCAGAACCAGAAACAAGUCCUCCAUUUCCAGAUCUCUCAUCCCAGCUUCCUUCUUCAAGGAGUCUUUCUGGGAGUACUAGCACUGUGACUAGUGAAGGAGUAACAAAGGACAGCAUCCCAUGCCUCAAUGUUAAGACACGACCAAUGAGGAUGCCUCCAGGGUAUCAAGCAGAACUUGUUAUUCAGUUGGUAUGGGUGGAUGGUGAACCUCCACAACAGAUUACUAGCCUUGCUGUAAGCUCAGCAUAUGGAAUAGUUGCAUUUGGGAACUGCAAUGGGUUGGCUGUGGUGGAUUUUAUACAGAAGACAGUUCUGUUAAGCAUGGGGACCAUUGACCUAUAUAGAUCAAGUGACCUAUACCAACGACAACCACGGUCUCCUCGAAAAAACAAGCAGUUCAUUGCAGACAACUUUUGCAUGCGUGGCCUGUCUAACUUUUAUCCUGAUUUAACGAAACGGAUCCGUACUUCUUAUCAGAGUUUAACUGAGCUGAAUGACACUCCAGUUCCCCUGGAACUUGAGCGCUGCAAGUCUCCCACUUCAGAUCAUGUAAAUGGACAUUGCACAAGUCCAACUUCUCAGAGUUGCAGUUCUGGAAAACGUCUUUCUAGUGCUGACGUUUCAAAAGUAAAUCGCUGGGGUCCGGGAAGACCGCCAUUUCGAAAAGCACAGUCAGCUGCUUGCAUGGAGAUUUCCUUACCAGUCACAACAGAAGAAAGUCGAGAAAAUUCCUAUAAUCGUUCUAGAAGCUCUAGCAUCUCCAGCAUUGACAAAGAUUCCAAAGAGGCAAUUACAGCACUAUACUUCAUGGAGUCCUUUGCUCGGAAAAAUGACUCUACUAUCUCCCCUUGUUUGUUUGUUGGAACUAGUCUGGGAAUGGUGUUAAUCAUAUCCCUAAACCUACCUUCAGCAGAGGAACAAAGAUUUACAGAGCCAGUCAUGGUAUUGCCAACUGGUACAUUCCUAUCAUUGAAAGGAGCUGUCCUAACAUUAUCCUGUAUGGACCGAACUGGAGGAUUAAUGCAACCGCCAUAUGAAGUUUGGAGGGAUCCAAACAACAUUGAUGAAAAUGAGAAAUCCUGGAGAAGGAAACUGGUCAUGAACUGCCCCUCUCCAUCCCAAGAAAUAGGAGAUCAUCAGUAUACAAUAAUCUGCUCAGAAAAACAAGCCAAAGUCUUCUCGCUGCCUUCCCAGACUUGCCUCUAUGUUCAUAACAUCACCGAGACAUCUUUUAUACUGCAAGCAGAUGUGGUGGUCAUGUGUAACAGUGCCUGCUUGGCAUGCUUUUGUGCCAAUGGGCAUAUCAUGAUAAUGAGCCUACCUAGUCUUCGCCCAAUGUUGGAUGUUAAUUAUUUGCCACUGACAGACAUGAGGAUAGCACGGACGUUCUGUUUUACCAAUGAAGGACAGGCAUUAUACCUUGUCUCUCCUACUGAAAUUCAGCGGUUAACAUACAGCCAAGAGAUGUGUGAUAAUCUACAGGACAUGCUAGGAGAUUUGUUUACUCCCAUAGAGACACCAGAAGCUCAAAACAGAGGCUUUCUCAAAGGAUUGUUUGGUGGAAGUGGACAAACAUUUGACAGAGAAGAACUCUUUGGGGAAGCUUCAGCAGGAAAAGCAUCCCGCAGCCUCGCACAGCACAUUCCUGGACCAGGUGGUAUAGAAGGGAUGAAAGGCGCUGCUGGAGGGGUGAUGGGAGAGCUGACUCGUGCAAGGAUCGCACUUGACGAGAGAGGACAGAGACUAGGAGAGCUGGAAGAGAAAACUGCAGGCAUGAUGACCAGUGCAGAAGCAUUUUCCAAACAUGCACAUGAGUUAAUGCUGAAAUAUAAGGAUAAGAAAUGGUACCAAUUCUAAACUUCUAAAGAAGCUAUGACUGCUUUGAGAAACCAUUAUUCAGGGAAACCAAAUUUAUUCCCAGCAUCACUAUUCAACUGCUAGAAGCCAGUUUCUUCAACAAAAUGUUCCAUUACAGUCCAUCUGAAGUUAUCAUAAGGGAGACUUAUCAGAGACACUGUUCGACCCAAAGGCUGGAACCCUGGUUAAAAUCCCAAGAUAUGGCUGAAUUUGCCUUUUCCCACGUGGAAUGGAGCUAUCAUCUUGGCAUGUCGUUUGCUAAGGAUUUACAUUUAGGAACUAUGGGGAGUCCUUCUGAUAUUAAAAAAAAAAAAAAUCCUGUACAAACAAAAGCAUUAAUGCACUUAAUGAAAAAAAAUUUGCAUGAUAAAUUAACAUCUUAAGAGGAAAAGAAAAAAAGCAUGUUGUGACAGUAGAAAAAAAGAUUUAUGGUAAACUAUUUUUAUAAAUUGGGCCACACCUGACAAUUUAAAAAAUGUGCAUUAGAAGAAUAUCAGUGCAUUUCAAAAACAUUUGCCAUACCCAUCUGAAAAAGAAAACAAAACCAGAGUUUUCUUCUCAUCUAUAACUUUCAUUAUACUAGGACAUUACUGAAUUCUUAUGGCAAGUCUGAUUAACAUUCCCGUCUCUCCAUAAUAUUUUACAUCAUUCACAGUCCUUGGUCAUAAUCAAGUACUGCCAGUACAGUAAAUUAUUCCUAACACAAUUAUUUACAUUUCUGUCACCUUCAGAACAAGUUGCUAUUUUUAGUCACAAACAAUGCUGGGUUGGGUCACCUCAAAGCAUUUUUUCAGCCUGGCUUAUACUCCGCAGGGGAGCUGACAAUAGGUUUGGGGAAACUAGGCUACAGGAACAAUGCAGUUAGCUUUGAGAACUGAUUUCACACACUCUGGUUUCAGUUUCUAAAGGGAUAUAUUUUUAAUGCUCCAUUUGUAUCCUUGUCUGCCAAUUACACAGUAUAUUACUGUUUAAACCUAGUGGGGUCUUCAAUUCAAAGGUGCUCUUGCAGCCUGACACUCAGAGACCAAACUGGUCAUUCUUUUCAGUCUGAUUCAGUAAAACCUCAGUUAAUGUUUUAGGAAAGGGAUUCUGAUAUUUCUGAUUAACAAGGGCUUUCAUUAGAAAAUACUUUUGGUUCAAUACUUAUUAUUGAAAAUCUUACAAAAUAUGGUGUUUUUACUGUCUGGGCUUUAGUCACCAUUAUGGACAACAGAAAUACGUAGAGAGCUUAAUGAUACAAAAUCAGUCAUUUUGUCACUCAUUAGGCUAAGUAACAUCAGCCACAGGAUUAUGUCAACAGACGCCAAACACCUAUUCCGUAUUAACAGUUCUUUUAAAAAUAUAAUAAAGAAUUUUAACAUGAUAAAAGGUAUCUACAAAAAGACAACAGAGAACUAGUAGAGGCAAACAAAAUAAAGACACUAGUAUCAUUAUUUAAUAUGAUUCUGGAAGUCAAGUCAUAGGAAAUAAAUAUAAGCAGAUUCUGGGACCCAUCCUAUAAUAUAUAUCUUUCCUUCAAAAAGAAACCUUUUUAAGAAAAUUAAUGGGUUUGGCUUAUUGAAUUUUUAUUAUUCAAGGUCUUACCAGAUUUGCAUUUGUGUUUCUAAGAAUUUACCAUUUUCCUGAAAUCCAGGUUAUUUUAAUAGCCAAAAAUAGUAUUUCUGCUUGUUUUUUUUCAGUUUUUUUAUUUUUAGUGAAAUUGUUUUAGUGAAACUGUUUGAACAUAACUUUAAAUGUUCUCAGUAAUUUUGAGAUGAGCAAAUUAAUCUUUAGGAAGAGAUGAUGGAAACAGUCGGAAAAUAUAUACCAGGAAAGCAUUUCUCAGAGUCCUUGAAUUCUCUUGAUUUCUCAAAAAAAGCCUCUCCACAAAUCUCUCCAGACUCCUGUGAACAGCCUUAGGGUAAAAGAACCUGACUUGGAAAUACAAAUAUGAUAUAUUAAAUUAUACAGUAAAAUAUUAAACUUGAGACCAGGAUUUAGAAAACACUGGUAGCCAAACUGCAGUGCACUAUUUGUACCAUCAGUUUCAAGAACCCAGUUUUCUGAUUUUCUGAACAGAUACUUUUCUAUAUUAAAAAAUUUUUUUUAAAAACUCAAAGAGUAUAAUAAUUUAUUUUAGGAACAAUGAAAUUCAGCCCAAAGUGGCAUCAAAUUCAGUAAAUAUCUCUAAAGCCCCAAUAAAAUUCGCUUUAACAUCCCUGGCCUCUAUACAGUGGAUGUAAACAGCAACCACCCUCCCCCACUCCGCCCACCCCAGUAAUGACAAUCAAAACUGUCUCCAGCCAUUGCCAAAAUUGCUCCUGGUUGAAAGCCACUGUUCCAUAUCAUUUGAAGAGAGACUAAGUUUGAAUAUGUGAUAUGUCCUGUAUAAAAUUAAACAUCAAAAGUGCACAGUGACAAAUUAUUGUACCCAAAAUUACAUGCAUGGUUCAUGUGCAAUAAAAUACUAUUUUGGAGAAAAGCUUACAUGAAAUCAGUGAAAAAUAACAACUCCUAGAAUACUUUAAAGCAUACAGGAAAAAUACCAAAAAGGAUAAGGUAGCAUUUCACAGAAGUGCUUAAAACUCUGGCUUUAAUGAAUAGAUUAAAAAUGUAUAAUUAGCACAUCAACUGGAAGUAAACAGGUGCUUCUGAAAUGCUUGGAAAGAAUAGGUUCUUUUAAGUAGUUUAAAUAUGUCUUUCAAUAUUGUUUUUAUAAACCCUUUCAUAAGGUAAGGGUAGCUUCAUCCCACAAACUCCUGAUUAGUGGAAUACAAAUUAAUGAGGUUUUACUGUAUGAAAAUUAUUUUUAUAAUUCAAGGAGAUAGCAAUAACAAGAAUCUAAUGUGGAUGUGAUUUUUCUCUUUGAAUAUUUCCGUUCUGUUGCACUGACUUUAGCAGACACACAAACACUCAUACACACCACCACCACCACCACCACCACCACCACCAUCUUAUCAUCAUCAUCUUUGGAAAAUGAGUACUGUUGAUCCAUGUAAUUUUUUACAUCUCUCUUCUGUACUAUUUAAAUGUCUUGCCUCUGCACUCCUAACUUGGACAAUGACAGAGAAAAUGACUCUGAGCCUUAGUUGUCAUCAAAAUUACAUGUUAAUGUGGCAUCAGACGAUAAAGCUUGCAAACCACAGCCUGUACAAGUUUACCUUAUCUCCUUAUGACCCCUUAAAGAGAUGAACCCUUCUUAGUGUCCCAGGAGAAAAUGGGCCUUUGCCUUCUUUCAUCAGUGAGAAGCUAGAAGUAUUUGUUUCCCUGGUUCUAAUAAUAUGAGCAAUAAUCCUUACCAAGAAAUCUUUUGGAGGGAGGAUGAUUUAUCAUUCAUUUUAAUCCCCUACAAAAGCAGUACUACUGAUUCUGCUUCCUACAUUUCACCAAGACCCAGACAUAGUGCCCCCAUCAUCAUCAAGGUCAUUGUCGGACUAACUUUGGAAACAUGGUGACAGAACUGACUGAGAUGUUUUCUGAUAAUUCAGUCAUAGAGCUAAUUUUUCAAAUCUUUCAUAUAGCUCUUAAACGAUUCUCAAUAAAUCAGAAUCCAGCUCUCCAUUCCUCAAAGUUCUUAAGGGAUUGUAAAAGAAGUCCCUUUUAAUGUGAACCGUGUGUUCAAUUUUAAAAGUAUCAUCUAUCUGUUAUCUUCAUUAAGGGAUCACCAUCGAUUUGAGAAAGGAAAAGGAAAAUAAAUAUUAUGCCCAAGGUUGGUUAAAGAAGAUUAAGAUUAGUUCUUUGAGAUACUUGGUUUUUAAAUGUUGGCAGAAGGGGAAAAUGAAGCAGACAUAGAAUAAAAGUCCUCUCCUUGGUUUAGGAUCUUCGGGACAACCCAGGGGUAUAUCUGUGGGAUUACAGCCUAGCCCUGUGGGAAGACAUUGUAACUUGACCACUUUUGUUCAAAAAGGGCAAUGCCAAAAGGAGUCAGACGUUCCUGACAGGCCUUGCUCUCUGCAUCAGGAGAAACAUAGUAGCCUGCACAGCUUCUUCACCUCUGUCCUCUGAGGCCAGAAUCCCACUUCUGACCAGUUACUGUUUCACAUACACACUGCUCCAGGUGCUAGAAGUACUUGCCAGUAAGUCGUGUAUUUGGAUUGCACCAUUCCAGGGAGCAUAGUUGUAGAAAUUUGUUGUAUAUAUUUGCAGACAACUAGCCCUGAAAGGACAAAAUGCAGAGUAAGUAGGGUGUGACUUAGGAAAGAAGUACCAAUUUGGUACAAGAGGGCUGGGGUAGAGCAGGACACAGGAGCCAGAGUGCAAUGGAAGAAACUUCGAUGAGGAACGGAGAUACAGCUGACCUGUAUACAUUUAUGUAGGGAAGUGAUUCUCAGCUCUGGCUGUACAUAAGAAAUCACCUAAGGAGCUUCUAAAAUUCCCAAUUACAUCAAAAUCUUUCAGAGUUGGAACCAAACAUCAUUUUUGAAAGCCCCCAAGAUGGUUCCAAUGUCCAGCCAAGGUUGGUAUCUCUACUAAGGAAGACACAUUUGUCUACCCUGGCCAGCAUGUAAGCCCCACCCCUGCGGGGUCAAGGAAGGCAAGAUAUUGGAGAUGCAGUAUUGGCUGAAUUGAUACUUAUUCUGUGUUACAACCCAAGACAAAUGUUCUGUACAAAUUUCUGACCAGGCAGUGUCCCAUUAACUGUUAAUAACACUGUCUUUGCGAUUUUCUCCUAUGUGACUUGGCCAUUAAUUAUUCCAAUUCAAACAUCUAGGUUUUGAUUGCCUCAUACAUGUGACAUCGUAUGACACCAGAGAUAUCAAAAGAAAUUCAACAGCAUGUAAGGCUAAGUGGAAAACUAAUUCUCAAUAGUUAGAUAAUAAAAAUUCUCAAUCACUUACUAAGUCAGGUCCAAAUUUAUUGUUCAUUCUUCUUUUGGAGGAGACAUGGGUACCAGGUACCUGUUCUGCUAUAGAUAUAUUUUACUGGACUUGAUCAUAGCAAGAAGGGAGAACAACUCUUCCUUUGUGAUUGUCAUCUUAGCUCCCAGGGCCACUUGGAUUUAUUUUCUUAGUCACUGGGUAUGUGUUUAAAGGGAGAAUAAUUUCUAUAACUCACUAUGGCCUCCAGGGCCCUGAAAGAGCGCUUUCACUUUCAGAAAGGAAGAGUCAGCCUAUCCAAGGCAAUACUGGUCAACGAGAAAACUCAGAAGAGUUCUCCUCUCACGCUGCUCCCCUCUGGUAUUGGCCCACCCUUCGCAACUGCAAAGCCAGAAGAUAACUAGGUGGUGGUUAUAGACAAGUGUACACAGGAUUAAAAUCUCUAAUAACCUAUAAUUUUUAGUACUUAAUUAUGUGAUGUUUUAUUCUAGGAAAUAAGAAACAGAUGACAUCAUUGAUGUAUCUUUCAUCUUCAGAAUUUUUGCAUCUUUUCAGAAAAUGACAAAUUACUAUUUUUCUGUUGCACUCAGCAAUUGUGACUAUACUUAAAAUUCUUGUAGUCUGUAGAGAUAUCAAUAAAAUUGUAUAUGUUUGUACAUA